AUGGUGGACGGAGGCGACGGUAAUGGAGAGAGGUUGGCGGAUGGACGCAAGUCCGGCUGUGACGCGAUGAUGGCGGAGGGACGCGAGUCCGGCUGUGACGCGACGAUGGCGGAUGGACGUGAGUCCGGCUGUGACGAGGUAAUCGAAGAAAAUAAUGUUGUUAUUGAGUUGGCUAAUUGUGGUUGGAAGCCAAAAUUGGGCAUGUCAUUUGACUCUGAACAAGCUGCAUAUGAUUUUUAUAAUACCUAUGGCGGAAAGGUGGGCUUUAGUAUUAAGAAGCUAUAUGUACACAAGAACAAACAUACUAAGGAAAUAACUUCACGGACUUUUGUAUGUUACAAAGAGGGAACUCAAGGUAUUGACAAGCGAGAUCCACUAGUAAAAUUUCCGAGACAAGAGGUGAGAUGUGGUUGUCGUGCUCGAUUUAGUAUCAAGUUAGAUAGAAAUUUAGGAAAAUAUGUUGCCAUUGAUUUUGUUGAACAUCAUAAUCAUGAUCUCGUGCCUCAAGAGUGCAUUCAUAUGUUGCCAUCCCAAAGAAAAAUAUCUACCACCCAAGCAAUUGAAGUAGAAUUGGCUGCAGAAUCAGGAAUUCCUCUUAGGUCUGCUUAUGAGCUAUUUGGUAGGAAAUCUGGUAGAAGAGCAUCACUUGGCUUCACCAAAUUGGACCAAAAAAAUUACUUGAGAUCGAAGAGACAAAAAGAUUUGGAAUAUGGAGAAGCGGGUAGUGUGUUGCAAUACUUUCGUAAGAAAAGUUUAGAAAAUCCAUCCUUUUAUUAUGUAGUCCAAUUAGAUUGUGAAGAGCAAAUAAGUAACAUAUUUUGGGCGGAUGCACAAAUGAUAAUGGACUAUGCUCAAUUUGGUGAUGUAGUGACCUUUGACACUACUUACAAAUUAAAUAAUGAACAUAGACCUUUUGGAACCUUUGUUGGAUUUAAUCAUCAUCGAGAAACUGUUCUAUUCGGUGCAGCAUUGAUGUAUGAUGAGACUGCCAAAUCAUUCACAUGGUUGUUUUAG